CGGAUAUGAUCCUUAUUAAAUCUAAACAUUGAAAGUGAAGAAAACUAAAGGAUCACCACCGAAUUUUUUCAACUUUUGGGUUCAAAAAAUGUUUAGUACCUCUUUAAACUUUUCGAACUUGUUAUGAUACUUGAUGGCCAAGUUAUGAACGAUGUUUUUCAAAGAGCAGCAUCAUUAAAUGUAGAAAAUACAUCGGAUGGAUUAUGUUUUGAUGUAAUCUUUCUGUUUGGUAGACUGAAAAUUUGACGAUUAUUGUUAAUGCUUCUGUCACGUCUUCAAAAGAGCUUCAUGAAAUAGAAAAAUUAAAUGCUAGAAAAUUUUUAGUUGACACUGUUUCUAAUUAAGUUGUUAUUAUUGAUUGUUGAAUUGCAAAAACUUUGUUCAAAAUGUCUCGAUUUUCGAAUGUUGCUGAGCUUUUCCCUUCAAAGCUGAGCGCUGUAGUGUUCUUCGCAUAUAUAGCUUUAUUUGUUAAUCAAGGAAUUCUUGUUACAGCUACUAAGGAAAAGACAUCUUCAUAUGCUUAUAGCACAGUAACAGUUGUUAUGUUAAUUGAAUGCAUAAAGCUUGUAUUUUCUUCUGUUAUGUACAUUCAAGAGUUUUCAAUCGGAAUGUUCUUUGAUUCUAUUGUUAAAAAUGCCAAAGUGUUAUUGCUAUACUUUGUUCCUGCUUUUUUAUAUUGUUUAUAUAACAAUUUGACUUUCAUUAAUCUCUCCAUAUUUGAUCCAACCACUUACUUCUUGUUGAUGCAAAUCAGAGUUGUGAUUACUGGAAUUGUAUUUCAGGUCCUUUUCAAAAAGCAAUUGAGUAAAAAACAAUGGAUCUCCCUACUUCUCCUGACUUUUGGAUGUAUUGUGAAGCAAAUGCACACCAAGCCAGUUGCUCCUGUUGAUGAAAUCUCUUUAACACCUCAUAAGGAGACAUAUCCUACUAUUUACUUCUGUCUCAUUCUAGUGCAGGUAUUUUGUUCCUGUUUCGCCGGAGUUUACAAUGAAUAUUUGCUGAAAGACGUAGGAGCUGAUGUCCACCUGAUGAUGCAAAAUGUUUUUAUGUAUCUGGAUUCUAUUGUAUGUAAUUUCAUUGUAAUGCUUCUGAAUGGGGAGGCUCAAACAGCCUUCUCACAGGAUUCACUCUCUUCAGUAUUUAAACCUCUCGUUAUUGCAGUGAUGAUUAAUGGAUCAGCCUGUGGUAUUGUUACAUCAGUUUUCUUGAAAAAGUUGAACUCAAUCUUGAAAACAUUUGCAGGUGCUCUUGACAUUAUAUUCACUGCCACUUUGUGUUGGAUUAUAUUUGGUAUUCCAAUAGACAUUUACACUGUAAUUUCGAUUGCGAUUGUACUGUAUGCAACUUAUUUAUACUCUCAAAAUCCAGUAGUGAACAAAGGUCGUUUGGAUGCUGGACAUGAAGAAAAGAGUAAAGAUACAGAAAAGCUGCUAGUUGAAAACAAUGUGUAAAAUGGGUGAAAAGUACUUUUUCUAGUCAGCUUUGUACAUUAAUAGAUUAUAUAUUUGAAAUUUAUUUUAAGAAAAUAAUUAUUUAUUUAAUUUAUGAGUUAUAAAUGUUUUUUCAGGUAACAUAUUUGAGCAGGCAUUAAAUUUACUAAUUAUAUGUAAAGGUAUUUUCUGGAAUUAAUUUCUUAACUAAAUUAUCAUGAACAAAUAUCACACUUUUAAAAGAAUGUAAUACUUUUAAUUUAUUAAUUUAGAAUCACCAUUUACUGUUUUAAAUCCUAGUAAACUGAAAAUCACUUCAACUUUCUUGUUUCCAUAUAAGUCUUAUUAAAAUUUCCAACUUUAAGAUACUUUUUCUUAGAAACCAAUCAAAAAACUUUUUUUUCUUCUUAGAAUCCUCUAUUUUUCUAGAAUACUUUUAACACAUUGAUUUUAAAUGUAACUCCAGUAUCAUCUUUUAAAAAUUAAAAGAUAAAUCCUGUUAUGCUUGUUUGACUCUUUUGAUUAAAAGUUGUGAAACAAUUGUACUUUUUCCUUCUUUUUUUUUGCACAAAAUUCCUUCUAAGCAACCAAAUUACCAAUCAAAAUUUAUUUAACUUUGUUUUAGUUUAAUCAAAAUUGCAUCAAUGUGUGUGAGUGUGAAGAUGAUACAAAAGUGUAAUAGUAUAAUAACUAAUGCACUUGAAUAUGUAUAUUUAUUACAUUAAAACUCCAUUUAAAUAAUAAAUAAAAAUUUAAUACCUCUUUAA